CCGGCGUUAUAUCUAGUUCCUCCGGCUUUCUCCACUCCCGGAUGAACCCUGUCUAAUACUCUCAAGUCCUGAAGACGGCGACGGGACAGAAUGGGCAGGGCAGCAGAGCCUCGCAGUCGGCUGAGCUAGUGAAGAGCGGCGCCUGGAGCCACUCAUUUGCGGUGGGCGCGCAGGUGCCGACCCUCGACCAGCGCAGACCGCAGAGAAGCCCCACGGUAGAACGCGUCGCCCGGCUACCGCCAUCGCGUCGUCUUCUCUAGGAUCGUCAGGGCCGGGCCUGAGCUCCCACCGACGGCACCCCGGGCCCAGUGCAGUCGCAGGCCUCCCUUCCAAUGAUUCAGAAGUCACGCCCGGCGCUGCUGCAGCCUCAAGAUGUCGGAGACAGGGUGGAAACGCUUAUGUUGCAGCCCGUGAUCAAAGCUUUCCUGUGUGGCUCCAUCAGUGGGACCUGCUCUACCCUCCUUUUCCAACCCCUGGAUCUCCUCAAAACGCGCCUGCAGACCCUUCAGCCCUCAGCCCAUGGAUCCAGACGUGUUGGGAUGUUGGCUCUGCUCUUGAAUGUGGUUCGCACGGAGAGUCUUUUUGGCCUCUGGAAAGGGAUGUCCCCCUCCAUCGUGAGGUGCGUCCCUGGCAUUGGAAUCUACUUUGGCACUCUCUACUCUUUGAAGCAGUACUUCCUGCGAGGCCAUCCCCCCACCGCCCUGGAGUCAGUCAUACUGGGGGUGGGCUCCCGCUCUGUCGCGGGGGUCUGCAUGUCACCCAUCACUGUGAUCAAGACACGGUACGAGAGCGGGCGGUACGGCUAUGAGAGCAUCUACGCGGCCCUGAGGAGCAUCUGUCACAGCGAGGGGUACCGGGGUCUCUUCAGUGGCCUGACAGCAACACUCCUCCGUGAUGCCCCCUUUUCCGGAAUCUACUUGAUGUUUUACAACCAGACCAAAAACAUUGUGCUUCAUGGAUUAUGGGCUGCGUGGCUUCUUCCAAGGCGGUGUCCCCCGGGCCCUCCGCAGAACUCUGAUGGCAGCCAUGGCGUGGACAGUCUACGAAGAGAUGAUGGCCAAGAUGGGCUUGCAGUCCUGACCGAGCCAGGACCAGGCAGAGAUGGGAUCUGUCGCCCUGCCUGUUUUCUGCCAAGGACCUCUUCAACUCACUACCCUGGAGUUGGACGAAGUCCUAUCUGGAGAGGCAGGCAAACACGUCACCUCCAGUUACCCAGCUCAAGAAGAGAAUAGGUGGGUCCGACUCAAGCCUUCCAGACCUCCCAGAAGAGGAGUCACUGACAUGGACAUCAUAUUGGGAAGUUAGGAGAAGGGUUUACAUACCCUGCAAGGCUACUUGAAAAGGCAUUUCCAGAGAGUGCUCUGUCUGGUGUCUCUGCUCAGCCACCCACUACACCACAGUGCCUCUUUGGAUCUGCUCUUGGGCAGUGCAGCGCCAGGGAUGCUGUGGGCCGCCUGCAGUGGCGGAGGAGUUCCAGCAGCCAGGCUGGAUCUGCUGAGAGAGGAGUCACCGUCACCAGGCUGAAGACUGCCUCUGAGGUGAUGAAGAACAGAUGUCACGACUUCAUUGGUUCCUCAUUGACUUCUCAGAGGCUCCGGAGAAGGGGAGCAGUGGCUUCCUAGCCCCUAAGUGUCCAAAUAAUAUUGUUUGAUCUUGGCUCCUGCACUGUUUCAACUCCAGGUUACUCUGGCUUUUUUCUGCAGCUAAAGUUGGAUAAAUAAAGUGAAGCACUUUAUCAUUGAAAAAC